GCCCCGCAGGCACCCAGCUCCCGGGCCAGUGGGGCGCGAAGUUGCAACCCAGGUACCUCAAGCCCUUGACCUGGAAUUGAACCCGCGACCUUAUUCCGUGCGCAGGCCGGCGCUCUAACCACUGAGCCACACCGGCCACGCUCUCACCACUGUCCCUGCAGCCGGGAACCACCCGGGGGACCCUCAGAGCCGGAAGGAAAUGAGUUGCCCGGAGGGGCACCCCAGCCCCGGGCUCCUGGACCAGUACUCCCAGGGGUUCAUGGUUUCGCAGGUUCUCUUUGCCGCGUGCGAGCUGGGAGUGUUUGACGUCCUCGCCGAGGCCCCGGGGCCGCUGGGCUCGGAAGCAGUGGCUGCACAUCUGGGGACCAGCUCCCGGGGGACAGAGCUGCUGUUGGACACCUGUGUGUCCCUCAACCUCCUUCAGGUGGAAAUGAGGGGAGGAAAAGCUUUGUAUGACAACACACAGCUCUCCAGCACCUACCUGCUGAGGUCCAGCCCCAGCUCCCAGUACCACAUGAUGCUCUACUUGGCCCGGACUACCUACCUGUGCUGGGCGCACCUGGCCCAGGCGGUGAGAGAAGGGAAGAACCAGUAUCUGAAGGCCUUCGGGGUUCCCUCAGAGGAGCUCUUUACCGCCAUCUACAGGUCCGAGGGGGAGCGGCUGCUGUUCAUGCGAGCCCUGCAGGACGUCUGGAGUGUCCAGGGGAGCGGUGUGCUGGCUGCCUUUGACCUGUCACCAUUCCCUCUCGUCUGUGACCUCGGGGGCUGCUCUGGGGCUCUGGCCAAGGAGUGUGUCUCUCUGUACCCGGGGUGCCGGGUCACCGUAUUCGACAUCCCAUCGGUGGUGCGGGCGGCCAAGGAUCACUUCCUGUCCCCCGAGGAAGGACGCAUCGGCUUCCACGAAGGCGGUGGGGUCCUGGUCGUCGAGAGCCUCCUGGACACCGACGGGCGGGGACCUCUGACCACCCAGCUGUACUCGCUGAACAUGCUGGUGCAGACGGAGGGCCGGGAGCGGACCCCCGCCCAGUACCGGGCUCUCCUGGCUGCCGCCGGCUUCGGGGACGUGCAGUGCAAGAGGACCCCGGGCACGUACGGCGCCAUCCUGGCCAGGAAGUAGCGCCCCCUACGGGUGUGCUGCUGCUAUUGACACGCAAAAGUAGUCACCGGCCUGUCUCAGGGGUUGGUUGAGCGUUGACCUAGGAACCAGGAGGUCACGGGUUCGAUUCCCGGUCAAGGGCACA